AUGAUUAUCCCAGUUCGUUGUUUCUCUUGUGGAAAAGUUGUAGGUGACAAAUGGGAUGCUUAUCUUAGACUCCUGGAGGAGGGCAAGCAGGAAGGUGAUGCUCUAGACGAGCUGAAGUUGAAGAGAUAUUGUUGUCGUAGAAUGGUGUUAACCCACGUUGAUUUGAUUGAGAAGUUCUUGCGCUAUAACCCGUUGGAGAAGAAAGAUUUUGAUAGUUAA